CACAUAUCAUUCAUUCAUUCAGCAAUGGAGGCAAUCAAGUUGAAGCUCUUCCUCGUAAUGCUGCUGGUGGCCUUCGCUGCCACCACUGCCCAACCUGCUGCACCGUCUGAGGCUCCUGCUCCUGCUCCUGCCUCUGAUGCUCCUCUCUUUUACCCCACCUUCUUUGCUUCUCUUUCUGCUCUUGUUUUUGCCUUCUUCCUUUAAACUUUAAACUUCAAUCCGCAUUGCUUCUGUCGCUCUCAUCAUCAUUAUGCCUUUUCCUUGCUUCUGAUUGUAUAUCUUCUGCCAUUUCAUAAUUUCUUCUAAUGAAGCUAUAUUCUUUCUUAUAAA